AUGGUGAGUUUCGAGAAGGUUCCUUUACUGUUAGGGUUAGCUCUAGUUCUAACUCUGGUCGGAGCUCCGACCAAAGCCGAUGGCCCUGUUUGUCGUAGUGCUCCGACAUUUAGCAGAGCAAGUUUCCCUGAAGGGUUCAUUUGGGGAACCGCAACGGCAGCGUUUCAGGUUGAAGGAGCUGUUGAUGAAGCUUGUAGAGGUCCAAGCAUGUGGGACACAUUCACUAAGAAAUAUCCACAUAGAUGUCAAAACCACAAUGCGGAUGUGGCUGUAGAUUUCUACCAUCGUUACAAGGAAGAUAUUCAGUUGAUGAAAGACCUUAACACUGAUGGUUUUAGACUUUCCAUUGCGUGGCCCCGAAUUUUCCCUCAUGGAAGAAUGUCUAAGGGAAUAAGCAAACAAGGAGUCCAAUUCUACCACGACCUUAUCGAUGAGCUUCUCAAAAACAACAUAACUCCACUAGUAACAGUCUUUCACUGGGAUACUCCUCAAGACUUAGAAGAUGAAUAUGGUGGUUUCUUAAGUAGUCGUAUUGUGAAGGAUUUUACGGAAUUUGCUAAUUUCACUUUCCAUGAAUAUGGACACAAAGUGAAACAUUGGAUUACAUUCAAUGAGCCAUGGGUGUUUGCUCGUGCCGGUUACGACAACGGAAAGAAAGCUCCGGGACGUUGUUCACCGUACAUCCCCGGUUAUGGAUCCUUAUGUGAAGAUGGACGGUCCGGUUUUGAAGCUUAUCAAGUCAGUCACAAUUUGCUAUUGUCUCAUGCUGAAGCAGUUGAUGCAUUCAGAAAAUGCAAAAAGUGUGCUGGGGGUAAAAUUGGAAUUGCACACAGUCCAGCUUGGUUCGAACCACAUGAGAUUGCACAUACUGGAUAUCCUAUUGACCGUAUCCUUGAUUUCAUCAUGGGAUGGCAUUUGGACCCAACAACUUAUGGAGAUUAUCCACAGUCGAUGAAAGAUAGUAUUGGCCAUAGAUUGCCAAAAUUCACAGAAGCUGAGAAGGCAAAAUUGAAGAAUUCUACAGAUUUUGUUGGAAUGAAUUAUUAUACUUCAAUGUUUGCAGUUAAUAUUAAAGCCGAUUCUAAGAACCCAAGUUGGACUUCGGAUUCUCUUGUUGAUUGGGACAGUAAGAGUGUGGAUGGUUACAAAAUUGGUAGCAAGCCUGCUGGUGGUAAAUUGGAUGUGUAUUCAAGAGGUUUGAGGAAACUGUUGAAGUAUAUUAAGGACAAAUACGGAGACCCAGAAAUCAUUAUCACCGAAAAUGGAUAUGGAGAAGACCUUGGGGAGUAUCACAAUGAUGUAACAGUUGGAACAAAUGAUCACAACAGGAAAUAUUAUUUCCAAAGGCAUCUCUUGAGUUUGCAUGAAGCCAUUUGCGAUGACAAAGUGAAUGUUACGGGAUAUUUCGCGUGGUCGUUGAUGGACAACUUCGAGUGGCAAGAUGGUUAUACGGCGAGGUUCGGGCUUUACUAUAUCGAUUUCCUAAACAAUUUGACUCGUCACCAGAAAGUUUCGGGAAAAUGGUUUGCUGAUUUCCUCAAGCCGGGAUUUCCGACAUCUAAAAUAUUGAGGGAAGAACUCUAG